UAAUUUGUAUCAUACUCUUUCCAUUUUGGUAAUGUUUUAAUAAAUAAAAAACCUAGUCUAAAAAAGCCAGCCAUUGCCGACUUUUGUACUUUUCUAUUCUAUUUUUCUUCCGCAUUCUUAAAUUUGUGCAUUUUGUUGGAAAAAAGGCGAAAAUAAACCGAGGUCCUAAAGUCUAGUCAAGAAAACUACACCCUACCCAAAAGGGCCAAAACAAACGUUGGUUGUUGGUUGGCCACAUUCUUGUUCAAGAGAUUUUGAGGGGAGGCGAACCAAACAGUGCCGAUACGGAAGAAAUGCUGAAGAAGUGCAGGUAAAAGUGACCGAAAGAAGGAAAAAGGACAAUAGCAUUUAGCCAAAGCUAAGCUAAAUCCACCAGCAAGGGUUCUCUCUGAUUCGCUUGCCUUGCCUGCCAUUACCAUUUCUGCUGUUACUUUCACCCCCUGACAUCAACCAACGAGUUCUGAACUCUCAUUCCUCUGAAUUGGAGAUGACCCUCUAUUUCUCUUAGGGUUUACUUCCAUCUGGACAAUUGUACUUGAUGAUGAUGAUGGUGAAGAAGAAGACGAUGCAGAAGGAACUUGUGGGAUUCAAUAAAUCUGCCUUCUUGCUACCUCGCGAACCCUAAAAAACUGCAACAGAGAUGGACAGUUGGAGGCUCUUUUGACUUGGGUCAAACCCCUAUACGUACUUGGCCUGAACGUUGGAGUAAAGGUCAGAUUUUCAACUGUUCUUGAAACAACCCAGAUAUUUGGAGCCCGAUCUACAACAUCUGCUGGUUUAAUUUCGAUUUUUCCUCUGCCGAUCUGGACAAAUUCACUGGGAUCGUGGUGACUGAACGUAUUUUUAGCUUAAAGCUUGCAUCUUUACUUUUGUUUGCAGGUUUUGGGGUUUGGGUCAUUUUGGAAUCUGGGUGUGGGGAUCACAACUUGACUUGGUGGGGUUGGAAAUAUUGAAGGGUAGUUUGGAGGGGCUGCCUAAUUGAAAGUUGUGAACUUGCAACUCUUUCGCAUGUCAUAAAUAGCUUCAUUUCCUGGUUGGUUUCUUAGUUGAAUUAGAUCAGAAAGAGGGGGAAGAUGCAUGCUAGGCAUAGAAGUCCUGGAAAUGGUUACAAUAGGUCAGGUUCUAUGGGGAUGGGCUUUGGCGGGGGCUCAAGAAUGUCCCCAGAUGGUUCAGCUAGGGGUGGUGGUCAUGGGUUCUACAACUCUGAGUACAGAACCUUCCGCAAUCGAGGCUUUGCCCGUGCAGGUCAUCGUCAUGGUCCUGGGCAACAACAAAGAGCCUUUCAGCAACCACCCCAUUUGCCGCCUCGGAAAGGCGAUAUCUUGAUGGAGGCUGGUAGGCUUGCUGCUGAGUAUCUAGUCUCCAAAGGCAUGUUACCUCAGAAUGCACUUGCUGGGAAGUGGCAGAAUGGUACCUUGAAGAAAGUGGCUACUGAUUAUCUACAGCAAGAGCCCCCACCAGUGCAAGAGGGCCGGGUAUCCGUCCACUCAAGAUUAAGUACUGGUUCAUCUGAUGCAGGCUCAAGUGACAGAAGAGGUAUCGAUGAGUUUGGUUCUCAGAAUCAGUUUAAAGGGCGGAGAAGAGGUGAUUAUUCCCGGAGUUAUAGUUCUGAGUGGGUGAGAGACUCUGGAAGGAGUAGUUCUGGGUCGGAGAGAAAUCGGGAGUCACCUGAAGGGGAGGGUCACUAUGAAGUGGAACAAGGAGGUAAGGGUACGGAUGAUAAAUCGCAUGUAUCAGUUCGUAAUAAUGCAUUGGGAGGAAAAGAGGAAGCAGCUGAUGUCGACGAAUCCAGAUUCAAGAAAUACAAUUCUCCCCGUGAUAAUUCAGUUUCCAAGGCAAGCUCUUCUGGUGCUGAGAAAGAAGAGUCUGAUACUGAAGUUGUAAAGGGGUCUAAAGAUUCAACAGACUUGAAUCUCACGAAUGAAGAGAUGGAGGAUUUGAACAAUGAUGAGAGCGAGAAGCAAACUGUUCCUGAGGAUGAUAUCUCAAGCAAGAAUGGAUCUGAUUUGUUAGCUUUCUGCAACCUUGUCAAGAUACCGACAAAAAUACGGUCUGCAUUGACCAGCAAGGUUCCCAAGGUUGAUCAGGCUUCUAGUAAUGGAGCAGACAUAUUGGAAACUGUACCGCCCAAAGGCUCAGAUCUCCUAGAUGAAGAUGUUGCCUUUGAUGAUCCCCUUCCAACUACUGUUGAAGAAGUAAGCGAGAUGAACGAUCCAAAGGAUUCCCAAGCUGAAUUAUCUCAACUGUUGCUUCUUCGGUGUGCUGAGGAGGAUAACAAAGUAAGUCCAGUAUAUGGAUCGGAGCAUGGCAAGUGCAUCAGGUCUCGGUCUUUUUCAGAUGGAGUUUUUGAUGUUGAUAGCGAGUUUGAAACGAGCAAUGAAGCAGUGAAGUUUGGAAGGUCUAGCUCGGUUAAGGAAAGAGGCGAGAAGCGUCCUGCAGAUGACAGUGAUACGAGUCAGCAACAGAAGAAACCUAGAGAGAAUCUUCUUCCCACCUUUGUUCCUAAUGCUGCCAAUAAAUUAGCAGAAAAUCUUGUGACUCCAAAAGAGGAAGCGGUAUCAAUUGCUCAGCCAUCGUUGAUAACUGAAAGUAGUUUGGGCAAUAGUCAUGAGUGCCCAGAGAAUAUUGAUGACGAAUAUGAUCUAGAGAAGCAACAGUUUCCUGGUUCAUUCAAGAUAUGCGACUUAAACCUGAUAGAAUCUUCCGAUAUCCAUGACAAUACGGACAAUGAGCCAGUUCUUAUAUUCCCACCUGGUGUGCCUUCCCAAAGAGCAACAGCAAGGAUGGAUGCUGAUUUGUCGAUGAGUAAUGCAAGGAUGCCUAAUGAAUAUGUUAAGCAUGUCAGUAGUGGUAAGGAGAUAGAAGUAAUUGAUUUGGAGAUUGAUGAUUCCCCUCCAGAAGAUGAGGCUGUUGGAAGUUCACAGAAUAAGAUGGAAGUUGAAUUUGGUGGCUCGGAAGGAUUUUCCGGCAAUGCACAAGCAUCUGGCCAUAUAAAUGAUGUUCAAGAUAAUUAUGAUGGCCUUACAAUCUCGGAGUUCCUUAACAGUUUCUCAAGCUCUACGUCGGUAGCUGAAGGCAUUAACCCACUGCAGACUGAAAUGGGCCUUCAUGCAGAGGGAACUCUUGGAUAUGAUGACUCGAUUUAUACGUCCCUUGAAGAAAUACCAUUAAGUUUCAUACCAGAUUGGGAGCAGCCAACACCACAGGGGUUCGAGAAGCCAUUUUGAUCGUCUUUCUCCCACGAAAUGCAGCUUCGGUGUAUGGAUUUGUACCAUUGUUUGGUCAUCGGAUUCUUGCAACGACCAAUUGUUCAGCCAAACCCGAGAUCCUUCUGUUGGCCUUUCCACAAUUCAAGUUUCAUCAUCAUCAUCAUUACUCUAGUUGCUGCAGCGGCACUGGUGAGUGCUGUUUCUUCUAGUUGUACGAAUUCGUCUCUCGCCUUCCUUCCUCCCUCCCUUAAGCAGAGGAAAGGAAACGGUUGUAAGUUUUUCACUGACGAUUAAUGCUGCACACGAUUCACGCUUGAGAAUCAAGUUUGUUAUUGUUGUUGUUGUUGUUGUUUCACGAUUAGGAAGGCUUCCUUAAGUAAUAAGCCAUCUGUCCAUUCUUGUGUUAUAUGUCGAAACAACAAGAAAUUAUGAGACAGCUUUCUUUAGUUAUACCAUCAUCGUUUACCAGAAGCAGCUCAACGGCGUUUUCAGAUCGAUGACAGAUGAACAGUACUUUGCUAUGCUUACCUAUGAUCGUCCUUGCCCUUUUCUAUCUGGUGCGAAAAGAGGAGUUCGAGGAGAUUAUCAUUUACCAGAAUGGAAGCAGAUCCCGUAAGUAAGUAUGUAUAAUAGCGUGUCGUGUGUAUGAACAUAAUUGUCCUGAGCAUCUCAUGGUUCGAAUUCCCCAUAACAGAACACAUAUCUCAACGAUAAAGCCAUGUAGUACAAGCAAGCUAUUCGCUUAACAAAGAGAUGAAUAUAGG